UCCAUCUCUAAACAGAAAAUUUGUACAGUCAGUGAAAAUCAGAUUAAAAAUAAAAACUAAUGUUCCUGAGGGGAUUCGCCUCUUUUGAUACAUGUAUGCUUCCUCAGCUACAGAGAAGCCAGUGAAAAGGGGAGACUGUGUGGAAUGAAGAAAAAGAGGAGGAGAUAAAAAAGGAGCACAGAGAGAGAGACUGGCUGGGGGUAAAAAAACAACAGGAAACCAGCCGAUUCUUAUGCUGUUUCUGCAAAUCCUUAAGAGAUAAAGCUGCUCUCUGCCACGUCCCAGCAAAGUGACAGUCACACCAUGUCUUUUCUAUAAUCAUCACUUGAAGUAAUGACUAUCUAAAGAACUUUAAAACUUCAAAAUGUGACGUCACUUCUGCUCUCAGCCUCCGACAGUGUGGUUAGUCAGAAUGUGAGCGGAUGCAGACUUUUGUGAGCUGAUUUCUGGGAUUUCUAUGUGGCUGCUUUUUUGACCUACAAACUCAACGUUUUUUGGGGUCAUAUGGAUGGAUCGAUCGCUGUGCUUCCAAGGGUCUGUUUGUUUUAAUCAUCUGGACUACUAACUGGAGCCACAUGAAGAAUAAAGGGACUAAGCAGAAGUCCAAAAAGAAAGGAAGUGAAAAUGCGUUCGGUUGUGACCUGAUAGAACAUCUCCAGAAUUCAGGACAAGAUGUUCCUCAGGUUCUGAAGAAAUGUGCAGAGUUUAUUGAGGAGCAUGGAAUUGUGGACGGGAUCUACAGACUGUCGGGGGUCACCUCAAAUAUCCAGCGCCUCAGGCAGGAAUUCAGCUCUGAGGCGUGCCCUGACCUUACAAAGGAAGUGUACCUCCAGGACAUCCACUGUGUGGGUUCCUUAUGUAAGCUGUACUUCAGGGAGCUUCCCAAUCCUCUGCUCACAUAUGAGCUAUACAGCAGAUUCACUGAAGUGGUCUCGGUCCAGGGGGAUCAUGAGAGACUUUUACACAUUCAGAGGGUCAUCAAAGAACUGCCGACCCCUCACUUCAGGACUCUGGAGUACCUUACUAAGCACUUGGCCCACCUUGCCACCUUAAGCACAGAGACCAACAUGCACACACGAAACCUCGCUCUGGUUUGGGCUCCAAAUCUAUUAAGAUCUAAAGACAUUGAGGCAUCAUGUAGUAAUGGAGACAUGGCUUUCCAGGAGGUGCGGAUACAACAGUCAGUGGUUGAGUUUAUUCUAAACCACACAGAGCAGAUCUUCAGCAGUGAUUCUGUGCAAAUCAAACCCAAAGAAGGACCGAGUUUGAUGUGUGGGGAGAAGUAUGCCACGCUCCCGAUCAGUGGCCAGUGUGGGCCAAUGAAACUGAUGAGCCUGGAAGAAGCCCAGGCCCGCUCCUUGAGUCCAAACCAUCCUGUACAUAGAGAACGGCAGCGAGAAAACAGCCUGCCUGAUACCAGCACUGCCACGCUCUACCACACCGUCAUAGACAUAUCAGACAGCAAGAGAAAGUUUUCUGGGAAGUCGAAGAAGUGGAAGUCCAUCUUCAACCUGGGUCGGUCUGUGGACUCAAAGGGGAAGCUGAGCCGGAAUGGCAGUGUGUUUAUAAGAGCACCGGGGAUAACAGAAAAGGCAGGUCUUCGUCCAUCCAGGAGCAUGGAGUCUUUGUGCUCCUUACCAACAGAUGAUGACAGGACAGGAAAAAACAAUCCAGCUGGUGGACCUGGCAGCAUUUAUGUUCCAGAUGUAAAAUCCAGAACGCUGGGGUCCGACUCGCUCUAUGACCUGAGUGAACACGACCAAAACUGGGAGUUUAAAGGGAACAAUGCUGGUGGGGCAACAGGUGGCUGGAGCUCCAACAUCAACAAAAAGGGGUCACCAAGUGCCCCUGCACCCCCUCAAAAAACAGUGCCAGAGCAGCUGAAGGUGUUCAAAGGUGAUGACCUCAGUGGCUACAAGCCCACCUCUCCAAAAAACAGGAGGAUGUUGUACUCAGGCUCCUCCCACAACAGCUCUUCUCGUCCGUCCUUCCCAGGAAGCUUCUUCCCCCUGGAGUCCUCGCCGAGGCAUCAGCGCAGAGCCGUGAACAUAUCUGAGCCUUUUGCUGUGUCUGUGCCCCUGCGAGUGUCUGCUGUUAUCAGCUCUAACAGCACGCCAUGCCGGGGGCACGCCAAAGACAAAGCAGCUACUCUGAAACCCUGCAAAGAGAGCUCAGAACAGAACAGCAACAGGGGAAAGAGCAACACUUUCCCCCAACUGGAACCCAAGAAGCAGGAAGGAACAGAGAAUAAAAACACGGAGAAGCCGACCUCUAGAGUCCCACCAGAGGAUACAAGCAGAGAAGUGUUGCAAGAAGGUCGAGGCGGGAUGAAUAUUUCUGAACUGGAACCACCGUCCCUUACAAAUGCAAGAGAGGGCACAGAUGCAGCGCCAUCUCCUGGGAAAGAACUGCACAGCCAGGCCAUAGCUAUGCAACUGGACAAGAGAUCUUCUACUGGGAAACAGCUGUGGCCUGACUUCCACCAAGAACUGAAGAUAACUGAACCUGAAGUUGACCUUCUGGAUGAGACUUUUAAACCUUUUUUCAGCUCCAGGAGUACAUCUGAGGUCAUGAAGUUAACGAUGGACGUCAAAUCAAAACGAAGCCGCAGCUCUCCGUCUCUGUCUUUGUUAUUUAGGGAGCCGUCUUCAAAUACCUCUCUGAGAGAUCAUGUAGUCACCACUGGAUCAGACUCCGCGAAGAAACAGCCCUCAGAGUCAGACAUCUUAUUUACUCGCCACAAUACGUUUGACGUGAUUGUUGAUGGAAACACAGAAAAUGCUGCUGACAUCGUGGAUAAAAAAGAAAAGAAGCUGCAUCAAAAAAUCACACCCUCAAACAAAGACGAGCCAGCUUCCACCAAACAGUGCCACCGUCCUUUAAAGGAAACCUGCUUAGAUAAAGUAAGUGAUCCUUUGAUGAUUGAGGAUCCUCCAAAAGCUGAAGGCUCCUCAGGAGCACAUGAGACCAACAAAAAGUCAGAGAAAUCUGAAAUUCAUCAAGGAGACAAAAAUGUCUCCUGUGAUGGCGCAAAGAGUGUGAUUCCUGAGCUGGAGGUGAUUCAGAGGAUGUCGGUGUGUUUGGAGGAGAGACGUAAAACGCUGGAGCUGCCACACCUUGACGAAGGAUGUGGAGGAAACUCAGAGGAGUUGGACUUGGUGGAGCCCUGGGAGGAUCUUAGCUCCACCAAGCAGUGGGUUACCAGUCCUCUCCACUCACCCGACGUGGAGGAGUUUCUUAACCAGCUAUCACCCUUCGGCUCUCGUGGGGAAACUGUGAGCUUAGAGAAGGGAAAAAUUUCAUCUCCUUCAGUUGAUGAUGAUAAACAAUCUCUCAUUAAGAGAACUGAACGCCUCUCAGGAAACCUUCCUCAGACUAUCAGCAGCAAAGCAGAAACUAAAUGGACGGAUUUGCCAUCCCCGCCUACACGGGUCAGUGUGAACAGCAGUAACGCAACACAACCUCACACAGGAAAGAGCAGCACAACAAAACAGAAGAAUACAGUGUCAUCUCAGAGGUUUUACAGGCAGAUGUCUUAUGAGGCAGCUGCUUUGGAGAAAAAAGAGGAAAAUGGCUUUUUUAAACACAGGCCAUAUUCUCUUAAUUUAGACCUGGGGCAUCGAUGCAUCAGAGACAUUUCUAAUCAGCAGAACCGUAAUUCAUCAGAGUUUUCCUCUUGUCAGAGAGAAUUAACGGCCUUGUCUGGAACUGUAAACAACGGGCUGCCCUUGGAGCUGGAGCUUUUUCUGAGUGAUCGGCAAGCGCCCCUACGCCGAAAUUCAGCCCCGGUCAGCGUGUCAUCGGUGCGAACAGCCUUCAUGAUAAAAACAUGCCAGGCCAAAGCCGUGCCUGUCGUCCCUCCAAAGGUGCAGUACAGUCAGAUACCUCAUUUCAGACAUGAGAAUGAUUUUGACACAGUGAAAGAACAAGAGAAGGAAUAUCCUAAAAUGAGCGCAGAGAAAAGCAACGCUACACCUCCUCAGAUGAUGAUGUCAGAUCUAAAGGAGGAGCUGGAGAAUAAAGAGCCUUCCCCCAAACACCAAAAACACCCAAAUGUUGAGAAAUGUGCCGAGUCUGUGAAGACCACGUCUACUCCAGAGCUGCAAGUCAUAACAAGGAGACACGCACCCAGUUUGGAAGUGUUUGUAGACUGUCCCAGACCUAACAGAGGGAACGUCUUACAAAGGCCAUCCUUUAGGAACAGGCAGAGACCUCAGAGUCUCAUCCUGCUCAGCCCUCCAUUUCCCAUCAUGGACUACCCGCCCUCAGGAGACGACGGCAGGCUCCUUUCAUCCAUCAGGAGCCUGAACGACACGUCAGCAGUGAAUGUCUUCUCUAAAGAGAUGGCCGAGAAUUUCAGGACGCCAGAGGGGAUCCCUCUUCAAAACAAAAUGACUAUACCAAAAAGUGGACAGAGACUGGAAACGUCAACCAGCUGUUUCUACCAGCCACAGAGGAGAUCGAUGAUAUUUGACAGCAGGAGCCACAGGCAGAUUGAGUGACUGGAGGUGCAGUCACUCAAUCUGUAUAUAAGUAUACCAGGAAACUUACAGUGGAAACUGAAAGGAGGAUGAUAUAAAAACCUAAUGAAUAUCUUAGCAUUUUGUUUCUUGAGGGAUUUGUUGAAAUUUGGAUUCUGAAGUAUUUGAGAAGCAAUUGAGGACGCCAUGAUGUAUUUGAUUAAGCUUGACUGAGAUCUAGGGCUGCAGCUAAUGAUUUUCUAAAUUAUCCAUUAAUCUGCUGAUUGUUUUCUCGAGUAGUCGAUUAUUUGUUUGGUCUAUAAAAUAUCAGAAAAUAGUUUCAAAAGUCUCAUCACAGUUUCCCAGUGGCUGGUUUUGUCAAAACAGAUAAUAAAGUAGAAAAAAACCCAGCAAAUAUUCACAUUUUAGAAGUUGGAACCAGUGGCAUUUUUGCUUAAAAACAUAAUUAUUUAAAUAACCCAUGAUCACAAUAGUUGGCCAUGAAUUUGCUGUCAAUAGACGAACGUUUUAAUCGACUAAUCAUUUCAGCUCUACUGAGAUCAAAGUAGGAAAUGUUUUUAAAAGUGCCUUAAGAAUGACAGCCAUUUUGUUUUAUGUCAUGUUACAGUAGAUCUGAGAAACAGCAAUCAAGUCUACCCUCACGAACACAGCAUGUGUGGUGCUACACAGUCAGUGUAUCACUGCCAUAAAAGAUCUAAAGCACACUCUCUACAAACACAGAGCUUUGGACUGUUCAAAAUAACACCCAUUUGCUAAUAAAUUAGUUGCUGUGAAGUAUUGGUAGGAAAAAGUAGCUUAACAAAAGAAAAAUUCUGAACUCAAGGUCCUCUUACUAGCUUUUUUCCAGAGGUUUAAACCACAUCUCAGUCUUCCUCAGAGGAUGGAGUUUAUUCAGUUGUCAUGAAGCUCCAUGCACUGAGGAAGACUACACAAAAAGCUAGUAUGUGGACCUUAAGUUUUCUUUGUCUAAUUCAUAGGGAUUCAUUGUUUUAAAUAUUUACAUGUGUUCCUUUUUCAUCCGCCUCCUCUAAAAUAACUUUGUUCCAGGUUUCAGUGGAGACAGGUCUCCAGGUUUCUAGUGAAUCACUGGAAAUUUACACAAAAUACUUUUUUGUGUUCAAGGGCUUCAUAUUUUUUGUCUCUACAAUAUUUCGAUAUACUGGAUUCUGCUGCAACACACUCAGUUCCAUUAAAAUAAUGUUAAAGUAAAACCCCAUGUGUGUCAAGGACGUUAUGACAUACAGUACAGCUGGAUUAUUUGAAUUUAAUGGACCUAUAACAGCAGGAGUUCAUACUGUACCAGAUUGUGACUUCUUCACAUAGUGAAUACUGACAAUUAAACUGUUACACAGUUUGACAGCCAUGAAUUUGAUCGUGUAGAUGAAGAUGUGUUUAUUUAUUCCUUUAUUCGCAUACACAUGAUAUGAAGUAAACUUGAUACUUAUUAAAUAUACUGUAUGUUGCUAUUGGCUCUGUGAUAAGCUGAUGUCAAUGUGAUUUUUUUAACAAAUAUUUAACAGGAAAUUCCUUUUUUUCCACGAUAUAUAUAUAUAUAUAUAUAUAUAUAUCACAAAUGUGAUUAAUAGUAUUUACCCACAUGUGUAUCUUUAUUUUCUGGAAUUGCUUUGUAUUUUAUGGCAUUUUUUAAAUUUGUUGUUUGGUUUUUGACAAUAAUGAGAACCAGGAAGAGUAUCGGAUGUUAUGAAAAGUAAACUGGAGGCUGAGUGUGUGCACACUGACUGUAUUCCAUGUGUUUGGGUUUAGAUGGUGCUUUGGGUCAAAGUCAGAUGAUGGUAUCUACAGGUUUUUCUCUCAUUUCUGUGCAUUUUACAAACACAGGAUCUGAUUUAUUCUACUUUUGUGCUAUUUGUGGUCGAGCGCCAAUGAGCGUAACAUAGUUUGGAUGUUAAAGGAGGUCACAGUGUUUGUUUUUUUAAGAUGUAGAUGUUUUUGAGGUCACAGUGUUUUUAUGCUUUAGUUUGGAUGGACUGGAUGAAUGAUUGUAGUGUUUUAAUUCAAAGUGUUUUUUAAAAUAUGUUUUGUCACUUUUGUGUACUUGUUGAUACUGAAAAUGAUUGACUGAACCGUUGUGAUUAUACGAAAAACAACUGACUGCAGGAUUUGGAGAUGAGAGUUUUGCCUUAAUUAUCUGAUGACGGCACCUCAAGUAAUGUACAUAAGACACGUGAUGAGUUUUGUUAUAAAAGAAAGUAAUGAGAAUAAAAGUUGUGAAAAUCA